CCACAGAUUUUGAAGUGCACCGAAACUGGCUUGCUAUCACCCACAGUUUGCCAAUAUCACAGUGGUAUUAUGAGCUCUGUUGUGGUAGCUUCCUGAGCUAAUGGAUUUGGAGUUGGAGACCCAGAUUUGAGCCCCAGCUCUACCACAUAUAAGUGACAGAACUCUUCACUUGGGAGGAAACGUUAGCUAAUUGCUUUCCUGGCUUCCCAAAAGCUGUUUAGGCAACUUCAGAGUGGACCUUGGAUUACCCCCCCUUUUUUGCGUGGUUUGAGUAUGCCCUGUCACAUGUUGCCAAAUAUUUUGAUCAAGAGAUGCUGAAUGUCCGUAAUCUGAAUUACUCCAGCUCAAGGACCUUACUCUUCCAGAGAUUUUCCGUCAUCUUUACAGAUACACUCUUUGUGUAUGCUGUCCAUGAGUGCUGUAAAUGCAUUGAUGGGAAAAAAGCAGGCAAAGAACUUACAGAGAAGCCAAAGUUUAUUCUAUCAGUAUUACUGCUGUGGAACUUCGGGUUGUUAAUUGUAGACCAUAUUCAUUUCCAGUACAAUGGUUUUUUAUCUGGAUUAAUGCUACUCUCUAUUGCACGAUUAUUUCAGAAAAGGCAUAUGGAAGGAGCAUUUCUCUUUGCUGUUCUCCUGCAUUUCAAGCACAUCUACCUCUAUGUAGCACCAGCUUACGGUGUAUAUUUACUGCGAUCUUACUGUUUCACUGCAAAUAAACCAGAUGGGUCCAUCCGAUGGAACAGCUUCAGUUUUCUCCGUCUUAUUUCCCUGGGACUAAUUGUUUUCCUAGUUUCUGCUCUUUCGUUGGGUCCUUUUCUAGCCUUGAACCAACUGCCUCAAGUCUUUUCCCGACUCUUCCCUUUCAAGAGGGGCCUCUGCCACGCGUAUUGGGCCCCAAACUUCUGGGCUUUGUACAGUGCUUUGGACAAAGUGCUGUCCGUCAUCGGUUUAGAACUGAAACUUCUUGACCCCAGCAAGAUUCCCAAGGCCUCAAUGACAAGUGGUUUAGUUCAGCAGUUCCAACACACAGUCCUUCCCUCAGUGACACCCUUGGCCACCCUUAUCUGUACUCUGAUUGCCAUAUUGCCCUCUAUUUUCUGUCUUUGGUUUAAACCUCAAGGGCCCAGAGGCUUUCUCCGAUGUCUAAUUCUUUGUGCCUUGAGCUCCUUCAUGUUUGGGUGGCACGUCCAUGAAAAAGCCAUACUCCUUGCAGUCCUCCCAAUGAGCCUCUUAUCUGUGGGAAAAGCAGGAGAUGCUUCGAUGUUUCUGAUUCUGACCACAACAGGACACUAUUCCCUCUUCCCUCUGCUCUUCACUGCACCAGAACUUCCCAUUAAAAUCUUACUCAUGUUACUGUUUACCAUCUAUAGUAUUUCCUCACUGAAGACUCUAUUCAGAAAAGAAAAACCUCUUUUUAAUUGGAUGGAAACUUUGUACCUCCUUGGCCUGGGGCCUCUGGAAGUCUUCUGUGAAUUUGUAUUCCCUUUCACCUCUUGGAAGCUGAAGUACCCCUUUAUCCCUUUGUUAUCGACCUCAGUGUAUUGUGCAGUGGGCAUCACAUAUGCUUGGUUCAAACUGUAUGUUUCAGUAUUGACUGACCCUCCUGUUGGCAAGACAAAGAAGCAAUGAAUAAAGGAACUGCUUGGAUGUAAUCCAAGCAAUUAUUUCAUGGGAAAUUAAUCAGAACUUGAAGAAAGUUGCUGGUGGCAUGAACCAUUCAUUUCAGUAAAUCUGUUUGAGGACCAUUCUUCUAAACUUGGCCUUGCCCAGCUUAGCAACCUGAUUGUCACCAUGGUGAGAAGCCACUUGUCCUCCAUAAGCAGUGAAACACAUCUGAAACAAAUCUCCCCUUCCCCUAUUAAAAUUGUCUGAGAUCAUUGAGACUGCUUUGCUCGCUGUAGGCAAGGAGGGAGUCUGAUCAACAGCAUGAUUAUCUGUAGCCUAUGAUAACCAUUGUCAGGGUAUAAAGCAUAAUUAGAAUUAUGUGCUAAGGGAAAUGUAAAUAAACUACCAUUUUGUAUUUCUGCACAAAAAA